GCUCUUCCUCCAUAACAGCGCGCUGCUGCCAAACAAACUCUGCACAUUGGUCCUCGUCUGGACCCUCCCGGAGCUCUUCCGGGUGUGGAUAACCCACAUUUCCUCCUGCCGACACGCAUUCCCAAGAAAACAUCCUGGAUAACGGACCGAGCAGCGUGUGAGUGGAAACCAAAGAAUAAAACCGAGCCCUCGAGGUGGAAAACAAAUAGCAGAUACUUGAGAUACUGGACAUGAUUGGCGAGCGAGCUGUGGACUAUUUGAGAUGUCAGAGCAUCAUUUACACACAUCAUUCGUCAGACAGCUGUUCUUCGCGUUUCGAGUUGUAGCGCUCAGACCUUCUCUGCACUGACUCAAUUCAAAUACACGAGACAUUGAGAAGAAAGAGGUUUAAAUCGGGAAACAACAUGUGGCUAUAUACUUUUGCUGUAGCGCUUAUUGUCAUUGCGCAGGAGAUAAACGGAGAGCCACAUACGCGUCCAUCCUCCGCAACGCCGCUGAAUGCAACAUUACCGCCUCAAGAAGAAGGUUCAGCACAAAAUACAACAGAUGCUGCGGUUGGAUCCCGCCUUUCUACAAUAUUGAGGGAUCUUCCUACCAUCAAAAACAUUUCGAUUUUCAUCUGCGUGCUAACAACCUUACUUAUCACGUGCCUUGUCAUAAAAAUAUGCAGAUCAGCAAGGAAGAUCAGAAAAACAAGAAAAUAUGACAUCAUCACAACUCCAGCAGAGCGGGUAGAGAUGGCUCCUUUAAAUGAAGAAAACGACGAAGAGGACGAUUCCACUCUAUUUGAUGUCAAAUACAGGUGAACGGUAUAGCACUCUCGGAGUCAUUGUUGAAGGUCUUGUAAAACCCCCUGGAUUCCUGCAUGAACACUUCUAUACAGGGAAUGAGCUCCUGCACCUUCGAUCCAUUUCUCCAAAGCCGUGGAACAUCAGUGGAACCGGUCAGGAAAUUUUAUCCGAUGUUUCCUGGUGUGUGCAUUUGUUCUGACAUUCCAGACCAACGAAGCACAGAAUCUUAAUCAAAUAUUGAUGAAAAACCUUUUCUUUGUUGCAGGGAAAAGAAAUAUUAAGCUUAAUCCUCCAAAAAUACGUUAUUGCACAACCUUUUGCUGUUGUUUUUUCCAACAAAACAUUCCAUUUGUUAAUUAAAUAAAUAUGCAUAAUUGCCCUUGAAUGUAUUUGGCAGCUUGAAUAUUUCAGUUACAUUAUAUCACAUUGAGGCUAUUAUAUGUCAUAUUUAAAAAAAAAAAA